GAUGAAUAUUCAAACAAAUGGUCCAUCUUUCUCCUCUCUUAACUCAUUCACCAACCAUGAAUUUUCAAUGACCCCAUAUAAAUAGAUUCACAUAAUGUUCAUCACUCAUUAAACCAUCCAGAACAUACACAAUGGAACGAGACUCCUCUGCCAUUGACGAGCCCUACAAGUUCCUUAAAAUCGUUCCCAACUCCGAUGGUUCUGUCACAAGAUUCGAACUCUUUCCCCGCGUUCCCCCAACCCCUGAAGUCACCGAACCUGAAAAACAACUCGCUCUGUCGAAAGACAUUACCCUCAACGCAGAAAAUAAAACAUUUCUCCGUCUCUACCGCCCUGUCAAAUGUGAUAAUAAGCUUCCUGUAAUAAUUGAUUUUCACGCGGGAGGUUUUGUGAUAUUGAGCGCUACAUCCGAGCCUUUUCAUGAUAUGUGGACACGUGCCUCUGCUUUAGCCCCUGCUUUGGUUAUAACGGUGGAAUAUCGGUUGGCGCCUGAGAAUCGGCUUCCAGCCGCGUAUGAGGACGCGGUGGAGGCUAUUAUGUGGGUGCGUGAUCAAGCGAGGGAGGUUGAGGGUUGUGAUCCGUGGAUGAAAGAGCUGGCUGAUUAUUCUAAUGUUCAUGUUAUGGGUACGAGCGCGGGUGGUAAUAUUGUUUACCAUGCAGCUUUACGUGUUCUGGACGUGGACAUAAGUCCCGUCCAGAUAAAAGGGCUGAUUAUGAAUCAGCCCUUUUUUGGCGGGGUGGAGAGAACCCCGUCAGAGGAAAAGUUAAGUAGAAAUCCGGUUUUACCAUUGUCAGUGAUUGAUUUGUUGUGGGUAUUGGCUCUGCCUCCUGGAUGUGAUCGUGAUCACGAGUAUUCUAAUCCGUUGGAUGGUGGAGGUGAUCCGAAGAUUGAAAGACUGCCGAGGUGUUUGAUAAGAGGGUUUGAAUUGGAUCCAUUGGUGGAUAGAAUAAAGAAGCUUGCGAAGAUGUUGGAUGAACGCGGGGUGAAGGUAGUGGCCAAGAUUGACGAGGGAGGGUGUCACGGGGCGGAGAUUAUUGAUCUAGGAAAGCUGCAGGAAUUGUUUCUGCAGAUUAAGGAUUUCAUCUACUCUUCUUGAUUAUUCAGUAGAAGUGAAAUGUGAUGUUGAAUUACUAUCAGUUUAUUCCUUAUUACUAGAAACUAGCAGACUUUGAUCAGCAAAAGACAUUCAACACAAUGAUAUAAGGUUUGUGAAUACAUGCAUGCUGUUUUGCUCUUA